AACGGUAUCUCUAUGGUCGAAAGAGAACCGACACAGUCGUCUCUUGGAAACUCCUCCGGCCUGUACGCGGAGUCUUCUGAUCAUCAUCGCAUCAUCUCCUAUACCUAUUCUAUUAUUUUCUUGUAUUCACAUUUUUUGAAAAAAAUUGUGUCAGCUGAUAGAAAAGAUCUUUAAUCACGUGUUGUUAUUCGUUCGUCAAAGGAUCGAAGGAAGGAUCGUUCCGUCUUUAUUUCUCAUUCAUUAUAUUUACUCGAGAUGGUGAAUUUAAAAGAUGCUAUUGGGGUAAACGAGCUGACGGAUAAAAAAUGUGGUCUUUAUCGGGCUUUAUUAGCAGAAUUUCUUGGUACCAUGCUGUUAAAUUUCUUUGGUUGUGGAUCGGUCGUGACAAGUAAUGUUGUUGCGAUAAGUCUUGCAUUUGGUUUGACCGUAACAGCCGCGAUACAAGCGAUAGGCCACGUUUCCGGUGGCCACGUCAAUCCUGCGGUUACCUUUGGUUUAAUGGUUAUUGGAAAGGUACCAAUUAUUCGAGGAAUACUUUACGUGCUCGCUCAAAGUGCUGGAGCUAUUGCUGGUUCAGCUGUACUAAGGGCACUUUCUGCCGAAAGCAUGGAAGCCAGUCUUGGAGUUGUUUCUCUUGCCAAAGGUGUAACACCGGUUCAGGGUCUUGGAAUAGAAUUUUUCCUUGCAAUGAUACUGGUCCUGGUUGUCUGUGGUGCAUGCGAUGAUGCCAAAUCUGACAGUAAGGGAAUAGCACCUCUACUCAUUGGACUUUCUGUUACCGUUGGACACAUCGUUGGUGUUCCACGAACGGGCGCUGGAAUGAAUCCUGCACGAUCAUUAGGAAGUUCGGUCGUUAUGGGUGUAUUUGACGAUCAUUGGUUAUAUUGGAUAGGACCUAUUCUCGGUGGACUUGCCGGAGGUUUGAUUUAUACUCAUGCUGUUGGCCCAGCAAAGAAAGAAGAAAUAUCUACCAGGCAAUACGCAACUGUAGCUUUGGAAGAGAAAGAGAGGUUCGAGUACAUAGACAGUGGAAGAGGAGGACUAUAAAGAAACAACAAAUCGAAAUGAUUCGAAGACACAAAAAUGCAGGAUAAUUAGGUGAAUGAUAGAAAACUAUUGUUUUGCAGCUCCAGAAUCUUACCAGCAGGAAGAACGUCCACCCCGCUUGACUACUCAUCGAACAUCACUAAUUUCAACUCUCAUGCCAAGUUACUAAACUCCUUCUCUUAACUGCAUGAAAUAAUAAUCAAAAGGAAUAACUUUGACAAA